AUGAAGCCACCCCAGGCUCACCUGCGGAUAGGCAGGAUGAGGGUCUCUAUAGAGGCCCAUAUGGGAUACUUGAGCCUCAGACUGGACGGCACCUGGUGCUUCAAGAAGCACUACAGCCGCCUGGCUACCCAAUUAAAGGUCAUCUCGGCCAACUUGGGCAAGUUGAUGCCCAAUAUCGGGGGACCCGAUAUGAAGGCAGAGACUCUGGCCGCCAGCCGUCAGUUGCAGGCCAUUAGGCGCAAGGUACAGAGGACGGUGGCGGUCAGGGUCAUAAGGGCGUACCGAACGGUGUCCCACGUGGCGGCGACGGCCUUGGCGGUCAUGCCCCCUCUGGAGCUACUCGCGUUGAUGUACAGAUCCAUGUACAGGAAGAAAGGGGAGCUCCGGAGGAACAUCAGGUUUGGCGAAUCGCUCGCCGAAGCGCUGAAGAAGACUAAGCACCAGGCUCGGCAGCUCCUCCUCCAACGCUGA